AGACAGUGCGAGGCACUUCUGCUAUGCUCGACUGCCGCACAGCCACCUGCAGCUCCUGUUGCUUCCCCGGAGUUAAGCUGCUCAAGCCGGCGGAGGAAGAGCUGACGCCACGAUGAGCGCAUACAUAUAGCAAACAAGCAACAGCGACUGCACUUGGCCUCCAAACUUGCAGCCUCACAGCUGAAUUAUCGCGCUCCAAACACUAAACUACUUCAACCUUCAAUACCGCAACCUCUGCCUAUAUCGCAUCGCAACCCCAGCUCGACCCACAAUGUCGGGCACACAACACCUACACGAGCCUCCACCGUCCUACGAGAGCGCCACUGGUAGCUCAUCGACAGAGCCUACGCCAGGCAUAGCUCGUGUCUCUACGGACGGACCCGGCGCGCGCACAGAACGCAAUGGCAUUCCCAUGGAGCGACGACGCUCUAUGGAGGACGAGCUUCGACCGCUGCCUCCCGGCUGGGUGCGCACCUUCGACCCCGAGUCGCACCACCAGUUCUUCGUAGACACCAAGGCAGACCCGCCGCGAUCGAUAUGGACGCAUCCGUACGACGAUGAGCAGUUCCUGAGCACGCUGAGCCCAGAGGAGCGCAAAAAGCACAGUCGUGUGAAGAGGACGGUGACACUGGAGGACCUGGCGGCCGAAGACUCAGAUGAUGAUCACGACCUUCCACCACGACCAGCUGGGAAGCGCGGCAAGAGUGCUGAGCCAGAGCUCACAGGCUUCCACAAGUUCUCCCGCAAGCUCAAAGACAAGGUCACUGGGUCAACGCACACAGAGCGCGAACAGCAACGCGCUCGUCGCGCAGAGCAGGAGCGUCAAGCCUACCAAGCACAUCUUCGCGCACGUCAAGCCCUCAUCCGCGCUAUGGAGACUGGCGAACCCCAGUUCCUGUGCAAAGAUCAACAAGGCAGAGACGUCUAUGUUACACCACCCAACGGGUAUGCGCCGCGAGGAGCCUAUGGCUACAACCCAUACGGCAACCCAUACGGAGGACAUAACCCUAACGUACGGUACAUGCGCCCAGCGCAGCCAUACGGUAGACCCUACGGUUACGGAUACGGCGGUGGUGCUGGACUGCCGAUCGCAGCUGGCUUCCUUGGUGGUGCUCUUCUCGGAGGCGCGCUGUUCUAGAGAGCAUAAUAUAACGGCAGAGUUCGCUGCGCCGGUCGAGAGAUGAGCGGUGAACCAGAGAAACAAACAUGACCUGACGCGUGCGCUAGAAGUCUCAAUACAGCUAGCGAGAUAUCCUAUGACGACGAUAGAAUUCAUGAGAUACGAUAAUUGAAGUUCAACUUUC